GGAUUAGCGAGUUAUACAAAUCUUUGAUAGGGACGUCCCAAGGAUCCCGGAUAGCUUGGACCAUAAUGAUACAGCAGUGCACAGCUGAUAGCUGUUAGCCAGCCAGGCAGUGUAAAAAUGUAAACAAGCUAGCUGUCACAAAUCCGUGAAAGAUACACCGUUUCUGUGAGGAGACUGCUACAAACAAGUAAAUGAUUCGGCCAACAAUGGAGCAGAUACACGGCUUGUCAUCGUCUUUUGUAUUCUUCCCGAACCAUCGUUUUGGCUAAAUGUCAAUGUCAUCUCAUACAGCUAGCUAGCUAAAUAGCUAACUAAGGCCAGGGAGAGCUUGCUGGUGACUACGGUGACUACCUCAUGAAGCUGGUUGAGAAUGCCAAGAGUGUGCAAAGCUGCCAUCAAGGCAAAGGAGCCAUGACUACAUCAGGUUGCUGCCACCUGCCUGGCUCCCUGUGUGACUACUCAGGCAGCGCCGACCUGCCCAAGGUGGUAGAGGAGCCAGAUGCUGGCCAGGCCCAGUACGUCGCCAAGGUUACGGCCAAAGAUGGUCGCUCACUCUCCACUGUUGUCAAAGCUGUGGGCUCACAGAGUAAUGAAGGCAUGUGUCGGAUCUGCCACGAGGGGGCCGGUGGUGAGACGCUGCUCUCCCUUUGCGACUGCACAGGGACCCUGGGUAAGGUGCACAAGAGCUGCCUGGAGAAGUGGCUGUCGUCCUCCAACACCAGUUACUGUGAGCUCUGCCACACAGAGUUCACUGUUGAACGGCGACCCCAACCCCUUACACAGUGGUUGCGGGACCCGGGGCCUCGCAGUGAGAAGCGCACGCUGCUGUGCGACAUGGCCUGCUUUCUGCUCAUCACGCCACUGGCGGCCAUCUCAGGCUGGCUGUGUCUGAGGGGAGCCCAGGACCACCUGACCCUCAACAGCCGGCUGGAGGCCGUGGGACUCAUUGCCCUUACCAUCGCCCUCUUCACCAUCUACAUCCUCUGGACACUGUUUCAGGGAGCAGCUGGUUCCACCAUUGGCGUGCCAGAACAGAGAAGAGCUUGGGCUGGGCUGAGCGGGAGCUGCCCUCCCAUAGGGGUGGGAGGGCAAAGAGACCUGAGGUGGCAGAACGGCGUGCUUGGGUUGGGGUGUAGUGUUUGAGCGUAGUCUGAAGGUAGGGACGGGCAGUUUUGCUUGCUGUUCCGUAGGUAAGUACCAUGGUCACACAGAACACACACACACCUUAUGGAUUACUUUACACCACCUUUGUUAAUUGGCAGCAUUUUUUUUGCAGUAUAAAUAUGUGCUUUACAAUAGCUAUUAGUACAUUUUGUAAGACGAAUAAGACAUUUGUGUUUGAUUUUUUUCUUGUCUGUGGAAUUCUGUGCACUUCCCAUUUUAUGUUCAGGAGAGACAAGUAAUGUGCCAACAGAAAUAUUUUUGGUCUGCUACAAUCUUUUGUGUCUACUCUAGAAAGACUACUGUACUCUGAAACAAUACUUACAAUAGUUACAAAAUCAGCAACUGAAGCGGAACCAUUUUGUAGACCAAAUACAAAUGUCAUGCAAUAUGUUUCACAUCGUGUUUUGAGCAGAGUUGGGGUCAAUUCCAUUUUAAUUCCAGUCAAUUCAGGAAGUACACUGAAAUUCCAAUUAUCUUCAAUGCUUUUCAAUUAGGAAGAAUUGGAAAUAGGUUUGCUCUCUGAAUUGAAAUGGAAUUGAUACCUGGUUGUGCGUGCCUGCAAUAGCAACCAUAUAUUCAGAGAAUCUGCUCUGUGCAGGUCAUAUCAAAUGUCUAGUUUCAUUGACGUCUGUCUCCGUGCCCCUCAGGUAUCGUUCCGCUAUCACUGUCAGUUAUACUCAGAGUGGAGGAGGACCAAUCAGAAAGUGCGCCUGCUAAUGCCCGACAUAAAAGGAGCGCACUCCACCCAACAUUCCGUGCCGA